AUGGACAUGUUGGCUUUCUCUGGGUGUACACAAGGAUGCAAUAAUGAAGAGAUAGAAGAGUUAACACGAAUGAGAUAUGCAUAUCCAUGGUGGAAAGAAAAGAUCAUAAAUUCUGAUUUAAAAAGAAAAGACGGGUUAUGCCCUUUGACUCCUGAAGAAACUGCCCUUACACUUAAGGCACUUGAUAUUGAUCGUGAUAUCCAGAUUUACAUUGCUGCUGGUGAAAUAUAUGGAGGGAAAAGAAGAAUGGAUAGUCUUCAAGAUGCAUUCCCAAAACUGGUGAGAAAGGAGACACUUUUAGGGGCAGAUGAUCUUCAGUAUUUUCAGAAUCAUUCAUCUCAAAUGGCAGCAUUGGAUUAUCUUGUGGCACUUGAGAGUGAUAUUUUUGUGCCUACUUAUGAUGGAAACAUGGCUAAAGUUGUGGAAGGGCAUCGAAGAUUUUUGGGAUUCAAGAAGACAAUUCUAUUGGAUAGGAGAGUUUUGGUGGAUUUAAUAGACAAAUACACAAAUGGAAUUUUAAAUUGGGAUGAAUUUUCCAUUUCUGUAAAACAAGUUCAUCAAGAAAGAAUGGGAAAUCCCACAAAAAGAUUGGUUAUUUCAGAUAAACCCAAAGAAGAAGAUUACUUUUAUGCCAAUCCAGAAGAGUGUUUACACCCAUCAGAUGAUGAACCUGUUAGCAUCCUAUAACAAGUCUUUCGGGGGGGUAUUUUGGUAAUUUUCUAUGAAGUAGAAGAAGAAGAUUAUGAUUCUGUGCCAUUGAGAGGAUCUGUGAAAAUGUGUGGAUGCAAGGGCAUAAGAUGAAACAUGGUUUGAUGAGAGAGAGAUGCAUGAAGAUGAGAGUGGUUACACGAACAGAAAUGGAAUGGUG